AUGUGGUGGAAAUUUGGCUCGAGAUAUGAAAGCCUGCCGCAAGCUGAAGGCAAAGAGACUGGUGUACCUUCUAGGCGCUCAAGAUGGUUCAAUCACCGAUGGCCACAAUCAACCACUCUACUCGUCGCCACUAAUCUGAUGACGUUCAUUGCGCUUAUCUACACUAUUUGGUCAGGCGAGCCAAGUUCUUCGACAAAAAGAUGCACGGAAAACCUUUCCACGCCAUCACCGGCUCUUGAGGCGAUCAAGUACAAGACGCCAGAGCACUACAAUGCGGAGUUCAGGCAAACGAACAAGUGGCGAGCUCCACCUGGGAAUCAUUCCAACGCUGUCGAUGUCGCCUGGCAUGAGAUCGAAUUGGGCGCGGGUGGGAUCUGGGUCUCUGAAGAGGAAGUCAAUUUGUUGAACAUGACCGACUCGGCAGAGCUGCCCUUCCACAAGAUUCCCGAAGAACAAGGCGGGGGUUACUUGGCCAUGCUUGAGGUCUUCCAUCUGCUGCACUGCUUGUUCCUUGACGAAGGUGUUCCCGACGAGAAUAUUUAUACUCACUAUGGUAAGUUUCAUCUUGCAUCAUCAAAGCCUAACGGAAACAAGCUCCAAAUUGACUUUUGCAUCGUCAACCUAGACCACUGCAUCGACAUGCUGCGGAUGAACCUUAUGUGCUACGCGGACGUCACCCCGGCCCUAUUUGUGGACCCGCUCAGCAAUCCCCUGCGCAGAGACGCGCUGCCCAACUGGUCAUCUAUGCACACUUGCAGAGACUUUGACGCGAUAUUGGAUUGGAACAAGCACGGUCCUAGAUCGGUACGUUGGCGGGAUGCCGGUGCCAAUCCGGCGUGGGAUCCGAAUCUCGAGGGUGCAGAGCAACCGUUCCCGCCGGAGGGACAUACGGAUGAAGGCCACCACCACGGGUAG